UUAAGCUGUUGCCCCGCCCACCGGGCCCGUUCCGCGGUGUGUAACCCGGAAGCGCUCGGGCGCCUGGCCUAGGCCCUGGCGCGGGAUGGCGGAUUAUGAGAGUGUCCAGCGCGCGCCGCUGCGGCUGAAGGGGAGCGGUGCGACCCCGGCGCUUGGGAAGCGGAAGAAGAAGAAGGCGGCUAAGGACAAAAGCAAAAUCCUGGAGCAGAUCGUGAGCAGUAAGAAGCAAGAGGAGGAGAAGAAGCGGGCUCUGGACAAGCGGACCCCUGCACAGCUUGCCUAUGAGAAGAUGCAAGAGAAAAGGCAAAUGGAAAGAAUACUGAAGAAAGCCUCCAAAACACAUAAACAAAGAGUUGAAAUAUGGACUUUAUUUAGUUUCCUGAAGAUUUGACUACUGCAGUGUCCUCUGUGCAGGCCUGCAUGUUACAUUGACCCAGAAACUUAAACUGGUACAAAAUACAGCCACAUGCUUAGUAAUCAGAAUCCCUAGCUUGGGAGCACAGUGAAAUGGUAAAACUUGAAGAUGAUACAGUGAUUUAGGUUCUUCAAAUCUAGAGAAGACUGAAGAAUUUCAUAAGGACCUAAUAAACUAGGUGAAUGGGCCGUACAAUGGGCUAUGGAAUUCAAUAUUGACAAAUGCAAGGUGUAAUGCAUAUGGUACCCAUUGCUGGGUUCUAAAUGAACUAUUAAGUAAGGGGGAAAAGUAAUCUGUGUUGGUAUAUAUAAAGUAAAUGAUUGGAAAUAUAGAAACUAGUGGAACAUCUUCACCUGAAAUACUGUGUUCAGUUCUUGUCACCCUGUCAUCCAAUCUCAAAAUACAUAACAGAUGUAGAAGGGACUCUAGAGCAGAAUUGGGCAAACUUUUUGGCCUGAGGGCCACAUCUGGGUAUGGAAAUUAUAUGGUGGGCCAUGAAUGCUCACAAAAUUAACAAUUCAGAAACUUGAUUUAAUAAAGAUACAUUUUAGUGGAAAUAAACAUAAAACCUUACUUACUAUUAUAAAUAUAUCAUCAUAACAACGUAUUCUGAUAAUUAAACUAAAUUUACCACCUUUCCAUGCCCUUUCUCUCUAGCCUGAAUUUGUCGGGCGUCAGCUUCCAGUCAUUGGAACUCAUUGAGAUUCACCAGCCUCCUGCUCUCAGAAAUCUCCUCCCACAUAGGUCCCAACAGCCCACAGCUUUGAAAACCACCACUGAGCACUUACCUAAGCCAACAAGUAGCAGGCACAUGGGCUUGCACAUUCCAGGCUCUGAUGGUGCGUUUGGGUUGUGCAGCCGGAGUAACAUGCGUGCCCUCACGCCUGUCAGACAGGUCCUGAACACGCUGGAGCACUGGGCGGGCAGAGCAGGGCAAGCCCCCACCCCCAGCUGGAGCGCUGAAGCGGGGCAAUGGAGCUCAAGGGUCAGAUUAAAAGGUUUUACGGGCUGGACGCGGGCCAUAGUUUGCCCACCCCUGCGCAAGAGACAAGCAGCAGAAAUAGAGGCAUUAAGAGACUUGUAUAUGAAGAGACAAAUGGAGGAUUAGGACUGUCCUUGUUUUGGAGAGAAGACAAGGAUAUUAGUGAGGUAUAUAAAAUAGGUGGUAUAGAAAGGUAAAUGUGUUAUUUCUAUGUAAUCUUGUUAAAUACAGGAGAAGAGGAAUAGUGAAUGAAAUUGAAAGGCAACAGAUUUACAACUGAUAAAAGAAAAUUAAUCUGUGUAGCUCACAACCACAACUUAUUGAAGUCAAGAGUUUUUACCAGGAUCCAGUAAAGGAUUAGCCACCUAUAAGGAUUUCUUAAAUGAUACAAGGUCAAAAGCUAACCACUUGAUGGGAAAUUAGGUAGAAACUUUCUUUCUGGGCAUUCUAUUCCAUAACUGUCCAUUGUGGGGUUUCUUGCCCCUUUCUCUGAAGCAUCUGUUCAUUCCCUCUAAAGCACCUGGCAUUGGCCACUGUUGGAAGACAGAAUACUGGGCUAGAUGGACCAUUGGUCUGACCCAGUAUGGCUGCUCUUAUGUUUUUAUCUGGUACUGGCAGACAGUAUACUAUAUCAGUUCUGCUAAUGGUUUGAUUUGGAAUUGCCAAGUAUAAACAUGGUGGAGGAAAUAGCAAGGUCAGGUAUGUCAGUAAUAUAUAUCUUAAAAUACUCUCUUUUUUUUUUU